UCUUGAGUUCACAUUGAUUCGUCAGUUUUGCGAUCAUUCAGCAUCAUGCCUGAACCAGCCAAGUCCGCGCCUAAGAAGGGCUCCAAGAAGGCCGUCACGAAGACCGCCGGUAAGGGAGGAAAGAAGCGCAGAAAGUCCAGGAAGGAGAGCUACGCCAUCUACGUGUACAAAGUGCUGAAGCAGGUUCAUCCUGACACCGGCAUCUCCUCCAAGGCGAUGGGCAUCAUGAACUCUUUCGUCAACGACAUCUUCGAGCGCAUCGCCGGUGAGGCGUCUCGUCUCGCUCACUACAACAAGCGCUCCACCAUCACGUCGAGAGAGAUCCAGACCGCCGUGCGUCUGCUGCUGCCCGGUGAGCUGGCCAAACACGCCGUGUCUGAGGGCACCAAGGCCGUCACCAAGUACACCAGCUCCAAGUAGAGUCCCCGAGACUCUCUCAGACCCAAAGGCUCUUUUAAGAGCCACCCAUCUACUCCGAUAAAAGAGACUUUAACUUUAGUGGGGCGUUUUUGGGAUUUUUAUUCACUGUAGUUACAACGGAAAAUAUGUAUAUAAAAUAAACUUCGGGACUCUUUUUAAAGAAUAAAUGUGGAUUAUAGCGAAUUAAAUAAAUAUGCAAAUUGUUUUAA